AAGAUCCACUCCUGUGUCCUUGCCUAUAAACGCAGAGGCCUUCGUGCGGGCCUCCUGGCGCGACACUGCCGCAGACCAGGCAGAAACCUGAGAAACAGCAAACACAGAAACCAUAUUCCUGAACCACCGUUGAGACAUCCUACAGACUCCCCCCCUGGAGUUGCAAAAUUAAAAACUCUGGAGAGGCCUAGCAUGAUGUUGCUGGGGGGCAGAGGCAGGUGGAUUUCUGUGAGUUGGAGGCCAACCUGCUCUAAGCAGCAAGUUCCAGGUCAGCCAGGGCUACCUAGUGAGAGGUCUCAAAAAACAAAACAAGCCCCACCCCGCACCCCAAAAGAGAACACUUCAGGAGACAAACUCUCAAAAGCCUCCCUGGGGGUGUGAUGGCUCAGGCCUGCACUGGGGCAGCCAAGACAGCUCAAGGCCGUGCUGGCCACUAGCAAGUCCAAGCCACUCAGACCUGACAAGCUACACAGCAGCCCCUUUUCUAAAGAACGACAGCAACAAAACGAACAAAACCCACAGAAACUGAAGCUAAACACGGCACCUGCCCCGAGCCUAUAAUCCCGAGCACUUUGGCAGACAGUGGCAUGAGGACCAAGAGUUCAAGGCCCACAGAGGGCAACAGUGAACUUGAGGCCAGCCUUGUAUCAAACCAAAGAGAAAGCGAGACAGUGAGGGCUAGAGUGAGGGCUCAGUGGUUAAGAGAGAGAACUGUUCUGUCAGAAGACCCAAGGGUUUAUCUCCCAACACCCAGCUGCCGCUCCAGGGGACCGGAUAUUCUUGGCCUCCGCAGGCACCUGCAUUUAUGCACACACUCUUACACAGGUGUCUACACAUACACAUAACUCACUAGAAUAAAUUUUGGGACUGGAGAGGUGGUUCAGCCUGCACACUCAUGCACACACACGCUUGCAUGAACACACACACACACACACACACUCAUCUUUUCUCUUCCAUUUUUGUCUUUGUUUGUUUGAGGCAGGGUCUCACUGUGUAGCCCUGGCUGACCUGGAACUCACUACGCAGAUCAGGUUGUUCUGGAUCCACUUUUGCUCCCAAAUGUUAGGAUUCAAGGCGUGCGCCACGAUGCCUGUCUUCACAGGAAAUUAUUUAAAAAGAACCUGGGGCUACAGAGACGGCUCAGUGGGUAAGAGUGCUGGGCUGACCAUCCAGUCUCAACUCUCAAACUCCACAGGGAGCUUUACAAACAUCUGUGACUCGUUUCAGGGGACCCCACACCCUCUUCUGACCCCCAAGGGCACCAGGCACAUGCACGUGGCUCCCAGACAGGAACACAGGCCACACACUGAUGCGCAUAAGACAGAAUGUAAAAAUAAGAAUAAAAACACAGAGAGAGAAGCAUGAAGGCCUGGGCUUGAGCCCCAGAACUCAAGUAAAAAGGCUGGUCAGGGGGGGCGAUCGUCCAGUGUAAGGCCCCGCGGUGAGAGCUGGAGGAGCCCCAGGAGCACUCAGGCCAGUUACUCUGGCAUUUACAGAAGCACACAAGAAAAAGUGUCAGUCUCAGGCGAGCUGAAGGUGAGGACUGAGCGCCACAGGCUCAAGGUAUCACAUCACGUGCUCACGUGCUCACGUGCACACACACACACACUCACCCAGACAGAAAGGAAGAGAGGAGGCCAUGUAGGGGUCCUGCAGGCUUGUAAUCACAGGGUAGGAGACACGGAGGCAGGGGGACCCCUGGGGUUCUCUGACCAGCCAGCCGAACCUUCAUUGGCAAGGUUUGGCCAAUGAAGACUGUUAAAAAAAAAAAAAAAAAAAUCAGAAGGCAGACACAGCCUGAAGGAAAAUAUGUGAUGUCACCCUCUGGCUUUUAUAUUCAUAGGGACGUGAACACACACAGAGAGAAAUCAAAAAGAAAAAACACAACCCUUGUAAAAUGAGGCAAAACAUAAACCAAAUAAACCAAAAUCUGUUUUAUUACAGAGCUAGAGGGGGAGGGGACAGGAAGGAAGAGAGAAUGAGAAUAAACCUGGAGUCAUAGCAACAAAGAGAGAAGAGAAGCCUGGACUGGUGGGACACACCUCCUAACAUCCUGGUCAAAUAGUGAAUUCCAGAAUAGCCUGGCCUACAGAACGAGCUUGCCUCUUUCUCCUCUCACCCUCAGAACUCAUCCCAAACUAAAAUCCAGAAAAGCAAACCAACCCCCAAAAUAAACAAAAAACAAAACAACAACCAAAAGAAAAGAAAAGAAAAAAAAAAAACAGAAUUGGAAUUAAUGAGAAAAUAGUCCCUGCCCCCUCAGGAAGGUUCCAGGGAAGAACCUUACCCCCACUCCAACCAAGUCACAAUGGUCGGAGCUCUGAAGGGGAUCAGGCAACCAGACCCAGGAGGAGAUGGGGAAGGCCAAGAAGAGACGAAGACCCGUCCUCCCUAUUUCACCUGGCCAUUGCUGUCCUCCACUCCAGCCGGCCUCCCCUCGAGCCAUCACCAGCGUUGCGGGCCCUCUGAUGCCACCAAGGGCCUGUUUGUGGCCCUGCUCGGUGGAGGCCUGUCUGCUGGCUUCGUGGGCCCGUUCUCCAGAAUGGCCUACCAGUCCUCCCACUUGCCCUCGCUGGAGCUGCUCAUCUUCCGAUGCCUCUUCCAUCUCCCCAUCGCCUUGCUACUCAAGUUCCGAGGGGAUCCGCUGCUGGGGCCUCCUGACGUCCGGGUUCGGGCCUUCCUUCACGCCGUUCUCAACGUCCUCAGCAUCGGCUGCGCCUACAGCGCGGUUCAGGUGGUGCCGGCCGGCAACGCGGUCACUGUUCGCAAAGGUUCUUCCACCGUGUGCUCGGCCCUCCUUGCGCUCUGCCUGGAGAGCCAGGGCCUCAGCGGCUACGCCUGGUGUGGCCUCUUUGGCAGCACCCUCGGGCUAAUCAUCAUUGUGGGACCUGGACUAGAAACAUUGCAAGAGGGGACUACUGGGCUCUAUAUGGCCCUGGGCUACAUCCUGGCCUUCCUGGGAGGGCUGGCUCUGUCACUGGGGCUGCAGGUUUACCGGUCUCUUCGCUUCCCCUCCUGCCUACCAACCGUGGCCUUCCUGUUCGGCCUGGUGGGAAUAAUCGUCUCUGUACCGGGCCUCUUUGUGCUGCAGACGCCGGUGAUCCCGCGGGACGUGCUGAGCUGGAGCUGUGUGGUGGCCGUGGGGCUCCUGGCACUGGUGUCCUUCAUCUGUGUGAGCUAUGCGGUCACGAAGGCCCACCCCGCCCUGGUGUGUGCCGUGCUGCACUCUGAGGUGGUGGUGGCUCUGAUGCUGCAGUACUAUGUCCUCUAUGAAGCUGUGGCGCCCACCGACAUCAUGGGGGCCGGGGUCGUCCUGGGCAGCAUUGCCAUCAUCACUGCCCAGGACCUCAGCUGCCAGAAGAAAGGGCAGUGAAGCGGACCGGAGAGCCUGGGGAGGGGGGCGGGGGUAGACAGAAGGAGAGACUGGAAGGCCUGGACAGGAACUGGGGUGCGGGGCCGGUGAGAGGGCUCAGCAGGUAAAGGCUAGUGCUACCAAGCCUGAUCUCACAUGGUAGAUGGAGACAACCAGCUUCUGCAAAUUAUCUGCCCUGCGUGUGUGUGCUCUGGCAUGCUCAC